AUGAUCCAGAAAGGGUUCUGGCGGACACUGCCUGGACCUAGGCUGCUCAAGUUGAUUACUGCAGUCUCUGCCGUGGCUAUCUCCUAUGAGGGCAUGAGCCAGGGUGUCAUGGGCGCCGUCAAUGUCGCCCCAGAAUAUGGCCACCGAAUGGGCUUCGCCGAUGAGCACGGAAAAGUCAUCAACCCCUCUCUGCAGGGUGGCAUCGCUGCCAUAUACUAUUUCGGUGCUCUCCUCGGAGCCUUCUGGGCCGGGAGCUUCUCUGACAGAUACGGGCGGAUCAAGGGUAUCUGGAUGGCCUGUUUCUGGUGUCUUGCCGGAGUCAUCCUGCAGGCUAGUGCCGUGAACCUCGCUCACAUACUCUGUGCUCGUGUCAUCGCGGGUGUUGGUGUCUCCUUCAUUAUCGUAAUUGCCCCCUCAUGGACCGCAGAGCUGGCUCCAGCGUCCCAUCGAGGGCAAACGAUUGCCCUGACUUUCCUCGCCAACUUUGGAGGCAUUGCCCUGUCUUCCUGGAUUGGUUUUGCUACCUCAUUCACCGAAUAUGCUGGUGGGGCGUUUCGAUGGCGCUUCUGCUUUGCCUGCCAAGUGAUCCCGGUUGUCUUCCUUGUCAUCGGCACCUUGUUCAUUCCUGAAUCGCCUCGGUGGCUCGUCAAGGUUGGACGCAACGAGGAGGCAUUUGAAAUCAUCUCCAAACUCCGUGGCGAUGGCGACCGCGAGCACCCGGAUGUGCAGAGCGAAAUUCGCGAGAUCGUCGCCGUCGUGCAGAUGGAGCACGAGUCACAGAACUCCAAUUAUAUCAAAAUGUUCUUGGGCAUUGGAUCUGGGGAUAUUCACAUUGGCCGUCGUAUCCAGUUGGCGUUCUGGCUCCAGGUCCUCAUGCAAUAUGGCACGGGCAUCGCAGCCGUUGUCAUCUACUCGGGCAACAUUUAUCGCACUGCUGGCUUUGACGAUUUGAAGUCCAACUGGCUCUCUGCUGUGUGCAUGACCUGCGGUAUUCUCGGGACUGGGGUCGCUGCCUUGACCUUGGAUCGAGUGGGUCGUCGCCGGACCCUCUACUGGGGAGCAGUCGUUUUGAGUAUGAUUCUCUUUACCCUUGGCGGUCUGAACCGCGGAGCCACCAACAACCCCGACAAGGCUGCGCAGUACGGAACCGGCGCCGCCGCCAUGGUCUUUCUCUAUGUGGUUGUCUUCAGCUCCUCCUGGUUGAUGAUUCCAUUUAUUUAUCCCACCGAGAUUUUCCCGACAUGGCUGCGCGCCAAGGGUAACGCCUUUGGUGUUGCCGGCUGGGCGGUUGGCUACGGCGCUGGGUCGCUGCUGGUCCCCGUUAUGUUUGCUGGUAUCCAGGAGAAGACCUUCUACGUGUUCGGGGCCGCAAUGCUCGUCUACAUUCCCAUCGUCUACUGCUUCUUCCCCGAGACUGCCGGUCGCACGCUCGAGCAGAUCGAUUUCCUGUUUGCCAGCAAGAGCCCCUUUGUGUGGGAUGAGGAGAAGGAGUUUGCCAAGCGCAUGGUCCAGUUCAAUGUGGACAUUCAAAAGAUGGAGAUUGAGAAUGGUGGAUAUGCGCGCGAGGAGAAGGGAGGUGACGAGUUGGUAGAGAAAGUCUGA